UGCGUGCGCGUGUCGGCGCUUUUCAGACGUCCCAGUGUCAUGGAUACACAAUGCGGGGAUCUCUCUGCUCUAAGUAUCUCUGACGAGUAUCCUUCUACAGGUUCUGUUGAGCCAGUUCACAGUGCGGGCACGCCGCAGGGAGAGGGAGAGGACAAUGCGGGUGGAUUUGGGGAAUUAGCAGAGUUGCCUAUUGAAAUAAACGAGAGACGUCCUACUUGUUUACGGUGUGGUCGCCCCCAGAAGGUGUGCUUGUGUCCCUUUCUGCCAGUGCGCCCCCUGGAGGUGUCCACAAGCCUUUACAUCGUACAGCACCCUGCAGAAGAGAGCCGAGUGCUUCGCACGGUGCCUCUGCUGGCCGCGUGUCUUCCUCCUGAAAGAUGCAGGGUUUUUGUUGGAAGGCGAUUUAACGAGGAGAGGAACCCCGAGCUGGCGGCCGUGUGCCAGGACCCCAGAACCCUAAUCCUGUACCCGGGCUCGGAGGCGGAGAACCUGGAGGACCUGAGCGUGGACUUCGCGGCUGCCGCCCACAGCGUCAUCAUCAUCGACGGGACGUGGAGUCAGGCCAAGGACAUGUUCCACAGGAACGCGCUCUUUCGCUCGCCCAAGCAGGUGCAGCUGAAUAGCUCUGUCUCCAGUCAGUAUGUGAUCAGGACUCAGCCUACCAACAUGUGCCUGUCCACUCUGGAGUGUGCGGCUGUCACCUUGGCAAUAAUGGAGAAGAACAAAGCCAUCGAGGAGCUGCUCCUGAGGCCUCUGCAGGCUCUCUGCUCCUUCCAGCUGCAGCACGGGGCCCAGGUGCACCACAGCAAGGAGCACCUGCUGAGGAACGGCCUGUACCACAAGCCCAUGCCCAAAAACAAGCGCAAGAUCAAGAGGAUGGAGCGCCUCGUCACCAAUCAGAACAUUUAGGGGUGGAGGGGGCGGGCCCUCCUCCCUGUCCACACCGUUGCCGUGUGACUGUGGGAACCAGUCAGGUCCCAUAAUAGCUGCGAUCCAGUAAUUACAGUUUUUCAUAAAACAAAACAAACACAAACUCUCAGGCAGCCCCUAAUGCACAGACAUUACCUCUGUUCACACGACACGGAUAAACUCUAGACAAUGCACUCUAAGGUUUUAAUGAAAGGGGGACUCCAGCCAAAAAUCAUUAUUUAUUGUUGGUGCCUCCUUAAGAGUAAUCUCUCAUUUCUAAUGUGUCACAUAUAAUAAUUUAAGCCAACAACAACAAAAAUAUAUACAGAACCCCCCCCCCCCCCCCCAAGCAAUGAUGUCACGUAAACAUAAUGGAGGCCGAGGUCUGGUUGAAACUAAAACGAAACUUAACAUCUUUAGUCACGUCUUAAAUGUUGUGAUUGCGAAAUUGAGAAAACAAUCACCCUUAUGCCAAUACACGGUGUUCUCCAGCCAAAAAGACAUCUGCAUUCAUGCAAAUGAUGAAAAGUGUUACAUCCCGGUGACAUCAAUUCAAAUGGUCUUUUUGCAGAUACAGAUGAGAGAUUUGGUUUUGACUGGUCACACCAGUUACUCUGGAGGCAAGACAAAAAAAUUAUAAUAUUUUGGUAGUGUUCAGACUAAGAAUCUGUUAGUAAGUACACCUGCAGAGCAGGAGAUGAGGAAAAACGUUUUUUGUUGUUUUUUUUGUUGUUGUUUUUUUACAGAAUAAAAAAAGAAACCUGUCUAAAAAAAACUACCCUUGGUAUCUUAAAACUUUAAUGUUAAAGUAUUUCACUGAAAUAACUGGACAAAUUAAGCUUCAGUCAGCCUUCAAAAAUGGGGGUGAAGCAGUCGAUCAGUCUAACUUGUGCAUCACUGUGAGGUUUUCACACACUGGGCGUUCACAGUGGACAUUUUCCGGAGGGAAGUUAAGUCAUCUUUGAGCCAGUGUGGAGAAAAACUGGAAAACGAAUCCGGUAAGUCAGAGCAGCCAUUAAUAAGAACAUCGGUUUUGAAAUUCAGUUUUUUCUUUCUUUGGCCUUGUCUUACAUAAUCAUCAUUGUUCUCUUCAGUCUUGAAAUACCUAUUUUGAAAUGAUCUGUUUACUGGCCUAGCAACAGAUUGCUUUACUUCCGAUUGUCGAUUAGAGAAGAGGUCUUCCGAUGACAGGUGGCUGGCG